AUGGAUGAAGUAUUAUUUUAUAUUUCACAAGGUGAUAAGAAUGAAGAAAGUUAUGGGUAUAUAACUUCGAUUCAUUCAUCUAAACAAUAUGCAAGUCUAAGACAAGCAUCUACACUAAAACAUUCUACAAAAUUAACUGGUUUUGGACCUGGUGAAAGAAUAAUUACAAGUUGUAUUCAAAAGUCUUUAAUUCAUGUUUAUUCAUAUGGUAAAGAAAGUAUAGAUCAAAAAAUACCAAUACCAGAAUCAUUAACUUCUUUAUGUAUAGUGCUGCAAAAAUCAAGUAAAGAGAUGCUAAAAUUACCGAAUUUUAGAUUACCUUGGUUAUUAAUCGGAGGGUCAAAAAGUGGGAAAUUAUAUAUUUGGGAACUAGCUAGUGGUAAUUUAUUAAAUGUAAAAGAUGCUCAUUAUCAAGGUAUAAAUGUGAUUAAAGUAAGUUGCUGUGGAAAUUUUUUAAUUACCGGUGGUGAAGAUGCAAGAGUAAUUGUUUGGAAUUUAUUUGAUUCAAUAAAUUGUUUUGAUCAAGCACAGAUAAAACCAUAUUGGUCAAUCACAGAUAAUACAUUACCUAUAACGGAUUUAAUACUAAAUGACACUGGAAUAAUAAGUGAUUUAAAAUUAUACACUGUUUCAAAAGAUAAUACAUUGAGGAUAUAUGAUAUUAUAACUAAAUCUUUAUUGACUACAUUUAUACUACCAGAUUCAAUAGAGUCAGUGUGUAAAGAUCCAGCAAAUAGAGUUUUGUAUGUUGGUUUAUCAUCUGGUUUAAUUCGACCAGUUCCUUUAUAUCAUAUAAAUCCAUAUAAUUCAACAUUGGAAAGUAUAGGAGGUAAUAACAAGAUAAUUACACUUGAAAAUGAUCCAGAUUUGAAAAAUCCAUUUGUACAUCAUCAAGGAAAUAGUGUAACUUAUUUAAUCUUAAGUUUAGAUGGUACCUGUUUAUUAUCUGGAGAUUCAAAGGGUCAAGUUUACGCAUCAGACGUAAUUACAAAACAAGUUAUUAAACAAUUUCAACCUUGUAAUGGUCCUAUUUCAUAUAUGGAAACAGCAACAAUACCAACAGAUAUAAAAUCAAUACCAUUAAAUAAAAAACAUAGAAUGAUACCACAAUUAAAAAGAGUGUUGAUAGGUACUGACCCAAUAGAACAUAAUAUAACGUUAGAUAUACCUGAGAAAUUAACUAAUGAUGAUGAAGAUUUUUGCUUUUGGUUAAAUGAGAAGAAGUUGGAAGAAUUGGAGUUUAAAAAUUCAUUUGGUGAUGUUAAUUCAACUGUUAAAUCAAGUGAUUCAGAUGCAAAAUUACAAAAAGUUUCAAAUGCUUAUAAUGAUUUAAGGUCAAAAUAUGAAGAAUUGAUAAAAGAACAUUCAAAGUUGUUAGAUAAAUUAGAAUAG